GCGUCCCCGCCCCUCCGCCAUGGCCGAUGUGGAGGACGGGGACGAGCUGGGCGCCCCCCACUCGCACCCGGGCUCCUCGGCCUCUAAGGCGGGCGGCCCCGACAAGAUGUUCUCGCUGAAGAAGUGGAACGCGGUGGCCAUGUGGAGCUGGGAUGUGGAGUGCGACACCUGCGCCAUUUGCCGGGUGCAGGUCAUGGAUGCCUGCCUUAGAUGUCAAGCUGAAAACAAACAAGAGGAUUGUGUUGUGGUUUGGGGAGAAUGCAAUCAUUCCUUCCACAAUUGCUGCAUGUCGUUGUGGGUGAAACAGAAUAAUCGUUGUCCCCUCUGCCAGCAGGACUGGGUAGUCCAGAGAAUAGGCAAAUAAAAGCACUGGAAGUUUUCUGUUGGACUUGCUGGAAUUGUGUAUAUCUUAUGCCAUACGCUCAUACAGAGGAGUGGAACGUCUCAAUCAUGGCACGAUGUAUUCAGUUUACCUGAACAGUGUGGUUUUGCUGUGUGCUUUUUGCUGUGCUGGGAGGCAGUGGUGAGUCUUACUGCAGGUAUUUCCGCAACUGAAGAACGAGAGGCACUGCAUUAAUAAAUGUGUCUGUUAUGAUUUGAGUGUUAACUCUGUCAAGAGCAUAGAAAUGUGACGGUGCAGAUUACACACCAAAUACAGUUCAUUUAAUGUUUCUGCUUAGAGCAAUGAAUUAAUUUGAAAUGGAGACCUUUCUAUUAAAUCUGGUAUGCUGUAUAAUUUAGUGUCUGAGAAAUUAUUUUGGUUUUGGAUAAAUGCAUUGUUUUCUAAAUAAUACUGUGUACAAAAACAUGAUGAAGUUUUUUAGCAAGUAUUUUGUUUUUUAAUCUGAAAUGAGUAGUGUGUGAACAACACUAGCAUUCUCAUGUAGGUUUUCUUUAUGGCUUAAGAAAAUUUGUUGCAUCUCUGAAGUCUAUUGCUGUAUAAUAUUCUACAUGUUUUCUGCAAUCAUAGUUACUAAAAUUUAAUCACAUCUAUGAUUUUAUAUAUUACAAGGGCACAUAUUGGAUAUCAGUUUACUAGCGGUCUAAGCCAUGUUAUUAGUUAGCUGUCUAAUAUGGAAAACAAAACCAACCAUUUUAAUGUCCCAAGGAAAGCGGGUACCAAUUAAAUCUAGGAAAAUAACGUUAAAUUGUGCUUUCCUCAGAAUUCAUUUAUAGAAAUUUCUUCAUUGUUAUUUUAUUGGAUUACGUGUUUGGUUUGGGAUGUAAGAGAAAGCAUUGUUUCACUGCUGUGGAAAUCCUCAAUAUAUCAUCUUUUCCAUUGGAUCAGACCUGUGAUUUUUCCUGCUCAUAUUGAAGUGCUUUACCCCAAAUAUCUGAAGUAUUUACUAUUAAUCUGAAUGUAUGUUUUGUUGUUUUUUUUAAAUAUAUGUAUGUAACGGGGAGAUUGAAUUAUUGUUCUUAAGUCUAACAAAUUCAGACUUAAUAAAAUGGUUAAUAAAGUUGGGUGGAAUUGAAGCUAUGUUAUAUACAUAUUCUUUUUUACUUAAGUUGAGAUUAAUUAAUAACAUUAGAGAUUAAUUCAUUUCUCAGCAGAUGUAUUUCUAUUUAGUUCUGUUUUAAGUAUAUUUAAAGAGAAUUAUCUCCAUUGUGUAAAGUAGUUCCAAUGGCAGUCUUUGAUUUUUCUCAUCACGCUUCCAUGCAGAGUUCAGUGGGGUUUUGUUUAAUGGUUGUAAUCUUGUUUUUAAAAUGUUUUGUAUGUUUUAAAUAGGGCUUUUAUGUUACUGACAGUGUAUCACACUCGUUGUCACCAUCUCAGGAGAUGUCUUUCUUAACAUUUAAAUAACAGUAGUAAUGAAGUGCCUAUAGCAUUGGGGUUGUUGUGGAGUCUUUUGUCUUCAUCUUUUGUAUUUCUCUAAAGACAUUCUUCCAAAAAUAAUAUCUUCUUAGAUAUGGAAAUAAUUUACUACUUAUUUUUCUCUGCCAGAAUUUGGUCACAGAUUCCAUCCCUUAAAAUCUCUUUUAUCUAAUGCCACCAGAGAACUUUUUCCUUCAUUUCAUUUGGGUUUGUGGGACCCUAUGGACAGCAGCAGAGUAAUUUUCACCCUGCUUUCUGUUCACUUGUCACAUACGUGUCACUAAUAGCUGAGAAUUAUAAUUGCAGAAGAAUCUCUGUAAUACCGUUCUCUUCUGUUUAAUAAAUGCUGGUUAGAUUUGGACAAUUUCGGCAAA